AUGUCUAACCCUACUCCUCCUCCUUCAUUAAAUAACGAUAUCUUGGAACUCAUUGGAAACACUCCUUUAGUCAAACUAAACAGGAUUCCCCAAUCAUUGGGUAUCAAAGCAAAAGUGUAUGCGAAAGUUGAGUUGUUCAACGCUGGUGGUUCAAUCAAAGAUAGAAUCGCUAAAAAUAUGGUUCUCGAAGCUGAAAAACAAGGAAGAAUCAAGCCUGGCUACACUUUGAUUGAACCAACUUCAGGUAAUACAGGUAUUGGUUUAGCGUUGGUUGGUGCUGUGAGAGGAUACAGAACCAUUAUCACUUUGCCUGAAAAGAUGUCUAACGAGAAAGUUUCUGUUUUGAAAGCAUUAGGAGCAGAAAUUAUUAGAACUCCAACUGAGGCCGCAUUUGAUGACCCAGAAUCGCAUAUUGGGGUUGCUAGAAAAUUGGAAAAAGAAAUCCCCAACUCAGUUAUUUUGGAUCAAUACUCAAACGAAGCUAACCCUGAUGCUCACUAUUAUGGUACCGGUUAUGAAAUUUGGGAACAAACUGGGGGUAAGAUAACCCAUUUGGUUGCUGGUGCUGGUACCGGUGGUACCAUUUCUGGUAUGUCCAAGUAUUUAAAGGAAAAGAACCCAAAAGUCAAAGUCACCGGUGCUGAUCCAAAAGGUUCCAUUUUAGCGGAGCCAGCAAGUUUGAAUGAUAGUACUGAAGGAUAUUUGGUUGAAGGUAUUGGUUACGACUUUGUUCCUGAGGUGUUAAACAGAAAGUAUGUUGACAAUUGGAUUAAAACUGAUGACGCCGAAUCUUUUAAAUUGGCAAGAAGGAUUAUCAGAGAGGAAGGUAUCUUAGUUGGGGGUUCUUCCGGCUCUGCACUCCAGGCUGCUUUGUUAGUAGCCAAAGACUUGACCGAGGAUGAUGUUGUUGUUGUCGUGUUCCCAGAUUCCAUUAGAUCCUACUUGACGAAGUUUGCUGAUGACGAAUGGUUAAAGUCUAAUGGAUUCGCUGUUGAAGAAGAUGAAGCCACAAACAAGACUGACGAGUUUUUGAAUAAUAAAACCAUCAAGGAUUUGGUUGCCGAUAAGCCGCCCGUUGUCACCGUUACACUUGCUGACACAGUUGCCAAAACAUUUGACCUUUUGCAAUCAAAUGGUUUUGAUCAAUUACCAGUUUUGAACAAAUCGGGUCAAUUAGUGGGGUUGAUCACCUUGUCAAAGAUUUUGAAAUCUUUAUCUACAAAAAACAUUCAAUUGACAAACUCAAUCAGUUCAAUCAUUAUAGAUUUUAGAAAAUUGGCCGAUUUUGAAAAAUCGAAGUCAAUAAAUAAAGAGUCUGGAUUUACAAAGAGAAAUUACGACAUCAUAACAUUGGACACUAAAUUAAGUGUAUUGAACAAGUUUUUCGAAACAAACUCCAAUGCCAUCAUUACUGAUAAGGACUUGAAACCAGUUCAAAUUGUAACCAAAGUUGAUUUGCUUUCUUAUUUGACUAAGAAUCUUUCUUUUUAA